AUGGGCUUUUUGAAGAAGAAUGGGAAAGUUGCUGACAGCAAAGGGCAAGACGACAGCCAGAUCGAAGGCGAAAAAAAAGAAGAUGUGCCCAAAGCCAGUAUCGUUCAGUUGUUCCGCUACACAACUACAUUUGAUAAGGUGCUGCUCAUGAUUGGCUCAGUUGUCGCUAUUGGUACUGGUAUAGGACUUCCAAUGAUGUCUAUUAUUAUGGGUAAUAUUUCACAGAACUUCAUGAAUAUCAAUGGAAACACUACUACGAUUAAUCAAUUUGAACAUGAUGUUAUCCAGAAUUGUCUGAAAUACGUCUAUCUGGGCUGUGGAAUAUUCACGGCUGCCACCAUUCAGGCAAUAUGUUUUCUGACUGUUUGCGAAAAUCUGGUGAACCAACUGAGGCGACAGUUUUUCAAGUCGAUUCUUCGCCAAGACAUCCCCUGGUUUGAUAAGAACAAUUCAGGAACGCUAGCUACAAAGCUGUUUGACAAUCUCGAACGAGUCAAAGAAGGUACAGGCGACAAGCUCGGCUUGAUGAUUCAAUUUGUGGCUCAGUUCUUCGGCGGUUUCAUCGUGGCAUUCACCUACGACUGGAAACUCACUUUGAUCAUGAUGUCAUUGGCACCGUUUAUGAUCAUCUGUGGGGCGUUCAUUGCUAAGUUGAUGGCUACAGCAGCGACUCGCGAGGCUAAGAAGUAUGCUGUGGCUGGUGGAAUCGCUGAAGAGGUGCUCACAUCGAUCAGGACCGUCAUCGCAUUCAAUGGCCAACCUUAUGAGUGCGAAAGGUACCAAAAAGCGUUGGAAGAUGGUAAAUCGACGGGAAUCAAGAAAUCUUUCUUCAUUGGCGUUGGUCUGGGAAUAACAUUCCUGAUCAUGUUCUCAUCGUAUUGUCUGGCAUUUUGGGUCGGCACGGACUUUGUCUUCAAGGGUCAAAUGAACGGAGGGACUGUGAUGACAGUUUUCUUCUCCGUAAUGAUGGGUUCCAUGGCGCUCGGACAAGCUGGGCCUCAGUUUGCUGUUCUCGGUACCGCUAUGGGUGCAGCCGGAUCUCUCUAUCAGAUUAUUGAUCGGGAACCAGAAAUCGAUUCGUAUUCAACGGAUGGCGUGAAACCAUCGAAUCUCAAAGGGAAAGUAACAGUUUCCAAUCUAAAAUUCACCUAUCCAACGCGACCAGAUGUCCCUAUUCUUAAGGGAGUUUCAUUCGAAGCAAAUCCUGGUGAAACGAUAGCAUUGGUGGGUUCUAGUGGUUGUGGAAAAAGUACCAUAAUCCAAUUGUUACUGCGAUAUUACAAUCCAGAGGAUGGAAAGAUUACAAUAGAUGGUGUGGAAAUCGACAAGAUUAACAUCGAGUUCCUUCGAAAUUACGUCGGAGUCGUCUCACAAGAGCCGAUGCUUUUCAAUACAACGAUUGAACAGAACAUCCGCUACGGACGAGAGAAUGUCACCGACGCGGAAAUCACCGCUGCUCUACGUAAAGCAAACGCUUAUAACUUUGUACAGUCGUUCCCUGAUGUGAGUGACAGAAGACCAUCUUGUUGGAAGAGGUUUCCAGACUGCGCACACUUCUUUUCAGGGGAUCUAUACGAACGUUGGUGA